GGACUCUGCCUAUAAAUGCUGGUGUCCUCCUGCUCCAGGAGCUCCAAGGAGAUGGCUGCCACCAGGAUCUUGUCUUGGAUGGUGAUGGUUAUUCUUCACAUUCAGGUGGAUGCAGUAACAAGACCCCCAUAUACUACUGUCCCCACAACAAUUCCAACCAUUGCUGAUGACAUCCAUGUGCGGCUGAGCGGUGGGCCCAACUGGUGCGCAGGCAAUGUGGAGAUGUACUACUUUGGAGCCUGGGAGAAGGUGUGUGGCUACCUGUGGGACAUGCAGGACGCCCGGGUGGUGUGCAGGCAGCUGGGCUGUGGCUUCCCUCUGGGAAUCAUGUACCCCUUCCCUCCGAGCAACUCGUACUCAUACACGAUCACUGAGGUGAACUGCACGGGCAACGAGGACUUCUUGUGGCACUGCCCCUACAAAUUGAAGUACAGUGGCUGCCCCCAUGGAGCUGCUUCUGUCGUAUGCUCAGGUGGGUGUCUGUGUUUUGGUGGCAUUUUCCUGAAGAAAAUCUGUCUGGAUUGAGGUGGGAUGAAGGCUGCCCAGCCCUCACUCCGUGCUCAGCAGGGCAGCAGCAGGUCGUGGGUCCACGUGCCUGAUGCAGAGGGG